CUUUGUUAAGUGCAUAGAAAAGACGUUCAGAGUUUGGCACUUACACCCUCAGGAGUCAAACAGCACUGAGUAGGGAGUUAGAAGCUGUGCUCACAUUGCCUUUUACAUUAUUAUUAUUAUUUUUUUUUCCCAGAGGACACUCUCUGUUGCUGACUUUACAUACCUGUGUGAACAGUAAAACUAGGUAUGUUUUAAUCAGGGGCUGUCUCUCAGAAGUGACUUGCAUUCUUUAAAUCACUGAAGGGGACAUGAAGGCCAAGCAGAAAGGACAGAAGAUACAAACAUCCCAGGGACCAGACGUGCUCCUGGGCCCAGAUUGCCUGGGGCACCUCUAUGACCAUUUUUCUUCAUCUUGAAUCUGCUGAAACCAGUGCUACCAGUCUGCUCUGAGGCAGGACACUGUACCGUAUCGCAUGGCAUCAAGUACAGCUUGGAACCUCGGGGGCGAAAUAGUUGAAAAGGAAUACAAGAGGUUGCUUAGCCCCAGCUCUCCUUACUGACAGCCUGAAAAAUUAAAUUAUUGCUGGUUUUCUAUGCAAUAUAUAUCUUUCCUUACUUUAUACUUCCUGUAUGCUAAAUACUUACGGUAUUUACAUAUUGUUAAUCACCGUUUUGUUCCAAAAGACUCCAAGUUUAAUUCUGGAGUCUAAUUUCUGGAAUGAUUUUUGUGAUGCUCCCAUCCCAAGAGCCUAGAAUGUAGUUUACAUUUGUGGCUGUACUUUGUGCUGGGUUUUCUUCUUCUCUUCUUCUUUUUCUCUUCUUCUGCUCAUCUGAUCAGCUCUAUAUUCUGUGUUUUGCUUGAGCAUUCCCUCCAAAUAAAGAGAAAUAUCCUAUUUUUUUCAUGCUAUGGCAGUCUUAUAAAAAAGUCCUUUGAAAAGCUAUUUCCAGAUGUUUUCCACCCCCCUAAUCUUCUAACAGAAGUCACAAGCAUUACCAAUAAAACCUUUUUAUUCUUCCCAGCAACUAUUCUCUUUCCAUCUUUUCUUUUCUGUUGCAUUGUCUGGCCUACAGUGCUCAUUCUUCUUUUCUGCUUGUUUUUCACACUGUUUGCCCAGAGUCUAAUACUGCUAGCUGUGCCAUCCUCUACUUUGUACUUAUCUAUGGUGCUCAUAAUAUGACUAAUGCUCCCUGGAUCCUGGCCACACAUCCUACAUUCCGGAUUUAAAUCCUCCUUACCAUCUAUCUUUAAUAUAUCUGGUAUGAAUAGUCUGCUCUUUUGUAGCCAUAAUUAAAGUUUUGCUUCAAUCCUUCUUUUGCUCACAAUUUACCAUCACCUUUUUUUAUGAGAUGUCUGCGCUGUUCUUCCUUUCACCUCAACCCAUGCAUCCCUUGUUGCCUUGUCAAAUGAUUUGUCAUCCGUAGAACUUUAUUCCUUGUUUCAUUUUGGAAUUUGAUUCGCAGAUAGCUUGGGCCACUCACUGUUGCACAUGCAAGUAGCUACUGCUGCACGUGUCCUUUCACUGUAAGGUUCGGAUGUCUCUCAGUGUUUUCCUAGUGCAUCCUUUCAGUCUUCUUCCCCUGUUCCCCUGGGCCAGACUUCGUUCAGCUAAUAGCAGAAUUCGGUAGCAACUGCCUAUAUGCUUGCAGCCUUGACUAUAUUUUGUAUUUUGAGGAGAUGAGGAGAGAUACGGAGCCAUGAAGCAGGUGGGACUGGGAUUUCAGUGCAGUGAGGAGGGGAAGAAGGAUGGGGAUGGCUCCAGGGCAAUGAUGUGUGGUGAUGGAGACUCCACGUUACUGCUUAACACAGAGAAAUGGCUCACAGUGAAAUUCUUUAUCUGCAUAAAAUAUCUGGGGCUUUCCCCUGCAAGGGAAAUGCCUUAGAUCCUUUCUGAAAGGAAGUCACAGCAGUUUAGAGGAGGUUAUGGGGAGGAAGCAGAAAGGAAUAAACAACAGAAGCAGGCCAGAAAAAAAAAUGUUGAUCCUCCUUUAGGUGGCUCAUAGCUCUACAGUGAAAAGGGGCUGGGAGAACGGCAUGUCCAUGUUAUGUCUGCAUUCCUGUGCGACACGUGGAGAACCAGAAAUUGAAGCCAGUGUGUCAAAAGGUGAUGAAACCUUGGGUCUUCUCAGUCUUAACUGCUAACAGAUGUGCGUAGUUAGGGCCAGCUCUGUAGCUGGUGUACAGCCUCACGAGUCUGUCUGGUUUUAUUGCCAGCUCUAAGUCCUGCCUAGUCACAGGUCCAGUCCCUGUUCUCAUCAGGUAGUCAUCACUUUAUUGAGAGAUGGUGUAAUUACAGUGCAAAGCGAUUGCCUCUGAACAUCCAUGAGAGGUGCCAUGCAACCUUGGUUAUGGGCUGUAAUCAUGAAGGUGGAUUCCCUGGGAUAUUUUGGAGAUGAACAGAGACUUCAAGAUCCAGAAUAAAUGAAAGUUUAACGAUUUUAUUGGUGACCAAAGGACUGCUGUUGGAAGUGAAACAUUAACAGGAAGACAGAGAGCCAAGAGGUUCAACGAGGGUCGCCUUCAGGCACAGCAGAGCUGGGGGCCUCCAGUGUGCCCGGAGCAGCAGGCAUGGCAGAGAAGGAUGGCGUGCUGCAAGAUGCAAAGGAAGCCCAAGCUGGAGAUGAUCCCCCCAAAGGAGAUUUCCCUGUUCAGAAAAAAUCCCCGAAACUCUGUGGUUCCAACUACCCCCUGAGCAUUGCCUUCAUCGUGGUGAACGAGUUCUGCGAGCGCUUCUCCUACUAUGGCAUGAGAGCUGUCCUGACGCUGUAUUUCAUAAGCUUCUUCCACUGGGAUGAGAAUCUCUCCACUGCUGUGUACCAUGCCUUUUCUGCUCUCUGUUAUUUCACACCUGUCAUUGGAGCCAUCAUGGCAGACUCGUGGCUGGGGAAAUACAAGACAAUCAUCUACCUCUCCAUUGUGUAUGUGGUUGGCCAUCUGAUCAAGUCCGUGGGUGCAAUUCCAUCCCUGGGCAACCAGGUUGUUCAUGUGGUCCUGUCUAUGGUUGGUCUGUUUUUGAUCGCCCUUGGAACGGGAGGUAUCAAGCCCUGUGUCUCUGCAUUUGGUGGGGACCAGUUUGAAGAGGAACAUACCUCGGAGAGAAGCAAGUUUUUUUCUGUCUUCUAUUUAUCCAUUAAUGCUGGAAGUUUGAUCUCCACGUUUGUAACUCCUGUAUUAAGAGGGGAUGUGAAAUGUUUUGGAGAGGAUUGUUAUGCACUGGCUUUUGGUGUCCCAGCAGCACUGAUGGUGUUGGCGCUUGUUGUGUUCAUUGCUGGAAGUGGGCUGUACAGAAAAAUGCCCCCACAAGGGAAUGUCUUACUUGAAGUGUGCAAAUGCAUUGGAUUUGCUAUUAAAAACAGGCUGAAAAACCGCUCCCAUCAUAUUCCAAAGAGAGAUCACUGGCUCGACUGGGCAUCAGAAAAAUACUCAAAACAGCUGAUUGGGGAGGUUAAAAUGGUGACACGCGUCCUCUUCCUCUUCAUACCACUGCCGAUGUUCUGGGCCCUGUUUGAUCAGCAGGGAUCCCGGUGGACUUUGCAAGCCACAAAGAUGAAUGCUGAUUUUGGAAUAUAUGUCCUUCAGCCUGACCAAAUGCAGUUCUUAAAUCCACUUCUUAUUCUUGUCUUCAUCCCAAUUUUUGACCUUGGGCUCUACCCUCUGAUAAGCAUGUGCAAAUUUAAUUUCACGCCUAUUAAGAAAAUGGCAACAGGUAUGAUCCUUGCAGGGAUGGCGUUUGGACUUGCAGCUAUUGUAGAAGUCAAAAUAAAUGAAACCGAUAUGCCUCAACUUGUCCCAAAAGAAAGUUUAAUUCAGGUCCUGAAUUUGGCAAAGAACCCCGUUCAAGUGACAAUCGAAGACCAGGACCUAUUUCAGCAGCCUGUGGAGGCUUUUCAGGACCCAGCUGAGUACUCAAAUUUGAUAUUGAAUGGCGAGCAACAGAACCUUCACUUCAUCCUGCAACAUCAAGGAUUGUCUCUCACUUUUAACUACACCGUGAAGGAAAAAUCAGUAUACAGCUUAAUUGUUUUUGAGGCAGAAGGAAGCCUAUCAAGUCGCCUAAUUACAGACCUGAAAGCAAAGCCAGAAAAUGGUUUGGCAGCUGUUAGAUUCAUUAAUGGUUUGAGCCAAGAUGCCAACCUCACCAUUGACAGCAAACAGUUCGUUGCUGUUCCGAAGAACUACGGUGUUUCUGAGUACUUGCUGCUAGAGAGGGACAAAUACAGCAAUGGAAAAUGCAUAACUGAAAUGGGGGAAUUCACCUUGGACCUCGGGCUGCUCGACUUUGGCGCAUCGUACACCGUUGUGGUAACUAAUGUUUCUGGAGAUGCUGUUAAGACAUGGAAGUCAGAAGACAUCAAAGCCAAUAGUGUCCAUAUGGCUUGGCAGCUACCACAAUACUUACUAAUAUCUGCUGGAGAGGUGAUGUUCUCCAUUACGGGUCUGGCCUUCUCCUAUUCUCAGUCUCCAGCCAGCAUGAAGUCGGUGCUGCAGGCAGGUUGGCUGCUCACGGUGGCUGUUGGGAAUACUUUUGUGCUCGUCGUUGCCCAGGCUGCACCAAUGGCACAGUGGGCUGAAUUUGUCUUGUUCACUGUUCUACUCUUUGCUGUGUGCAUUAUUUUCUCCAUCAUGGGAUAUUUCUAUGUCAGCGUGGAUCCAGAGGACCUACGAGAAAAGGAAGAGAAGACAGAGACCCCAAGCAGAGGAAACAUGAUUAGUCUCGUUACUCAGAAAACAAAGCUCUAACACAUCAUGGGUUGGGAUCUUUUUUUUUCUUUAUUUUUUUUUUAACUGGGUAGGUGGUAGGGUGAAAGAAAAAUGGGGACCAUGUUAUUUUAUUUUAUAGCACUGCAGUCUUUAUUACUCAAAAUGUAGCCACCAUCUAAAUGGGACAAAAUAGCCCUCUAUAUAAACAGUAGGGGUCCUGAAAUCAGAGCAAAAUUCCCUGGGAAAGCUCGUCUGGUAUUAAAUGCGCUUAUAAGUAAAUACAGUGUAAUUUAGAACCUGCCCAUCUUCCUAAGCAAGGGAUACUUUCCUAUGAUUUUGAUUUAAACAUAUAUUUAGGGCAGCAGGGAGGUAAGGGUGGAGGGCAUGCCAGAUGACAGCAAAAGCUGCAGAUGUUGGGGGGAAAGGAUGAAAACUCAGUAUAGGAAUCAGGAAAUAAUAGAUGUUAGAGAUGAUGGAAGAUUUUUUUUUUUAAUGCAAUCAUCACUGACUGGAAGAGUUACAAUCCCAAAAGGUUUCAUCAUGUAACUCUCCUUAUGAGUAUUUCACCCCAUUAUUGCAAAUUAUGAAUGGCCCUGAUUUAUGACUUUCAGCUCCAGGCCCAGAAGUAAUAACAGGGAAUUAAAUGCUGCAGGCUCAAAUAUUCCCCAAACACUACUGAACAAGAUAUGCAUGCUACCAUCUCUCUGAUACAUGCUUUUUUCUUAGAAGUUUGCACUGGCUGAUAGUAUUCUUUGAUUAGACGUGAUUAGAGAAUUGGUUUACACUUUUUUACUUCAGGAAUCCAGGCGGUUAUUUGCCAUCUUAAGCUUAUAUUGGACAUUUCCUUUAACAGUACCUGCCACCGCAAGGUAGGGUAUGGCUGUUUUCUCAUCUCAUGCUUCAGUUAUUCCCCACUGGGAGACACACUGCAGCAGUUUCUAUAAAAUCCCAGGUAUCCCGCAGUGACUUAAACAAGGAUGCACUUUAUCAUUUUUUUUCAGUCUACAAAAUGAGACCAUGGCAUAUGAGAUUUUUCUUUUUCCUACCUGAUUUUCUGUCUCUCUACCAAACUCUGGAUGUAGGUAUUUUAGCAGAACUGUGAUAUAACUGUCUGAUUUUCCUUCCUUACAUGAAGCUGUGAUUGUUGUUGUUCUGCAUUAGAACUAUUUCAAUCAUUGCUGAUGUAGUAAAACUCCCAAGCCAGCCCCUGCCAUCCUCUGCCACUCCAAGGCUGCAGUUGGGCCAGGUAUGACUUACUUUACAAAAGGGCUGUCAAUAGGAUUUUCAGGUUCACAGUCAAUAGGAUUUUCAGGUUCACAGAGAAUAGAUUUUUGAUGAUACUUUCCUCUUCCAACUUGGCAUUGGUUAUAUAAUGAAAUACAUGUUUAAUUUCACUCCUGUUCAGGGUGGUGCUAGGGAAUAUGCUUAACUUGUCAUCUCUGGUACUUUAAUGUGCUGCUGUCUGUGUGUGUUCUUCAAUAAGACCGAGAAAACCCCACGUUUUGGUUUGCACCUGGAAGACUCUCAGCCUCAGAUUGCUUCCUUUGCUUACCGUCCUAAAUGGUCAUGAGCUUGCACUACGAGUUCUGCAUCAGCUCCUGCCUGCUGUGAAAUAACAUCUGGGUCUUGCGCCAGAGGGGGGCCGUUGUCAUUUAUCUGAGACAACAGGCUGCGGGUGUGCACACGGAAACGCUUAAUGUGGUUCGGUCGAUGCAGAGCCAUUUAUUAAGCUGUGGUAGCUGGAACCGGGCAGCUGAACCCUGCAACUCAGUGGGGAAUGAAGGGCACUGAAAGCCAUCUAUUAGGCCAUCUGACCUGCGCCUCAGAAGCCAAGCGAGGAUUAUCCCUCUGCUCCUUUCUGAUAUUGUUCUCUUGCCAUGAAUCUUUGUGUGUGUUCUUUCUCCUCCAGGCAUUGUUGUUUUCCAAACCCUGUUUUAUGACACACUGAGAAUCAGCUCAGAGGCUGCUGAAUCACUCUGCUAUGAUGCUGUUUGACUGGCUUCCAAUUUGAAGCGCUAAUAGAAAGCAUUUCUUCCCCCCCUUCCCUCUGCAAACAGAACAGAAAACCCCAAACUGAAGGAAUGGACAGGCUCCAGUAGCACUGAACAGACACGAUUUAGAAUUAUUGGAGCAUUUAAUUUUUUAUAAUCCUUGAAUUUGGAAGUGUGCUUGGCUUUGAGGGCAUAUGUGGUGAAAAGACAACUGAAAAUUAUUGGAGCACUUUCCUUGGGCAGCGCUUCGUACAUCGCAGCUCAGAGUGGCAUGAGGGAAAGCAAGGUGCUCAAAGGAUGUGAUCUUUAAGACUGCAUGGGCUCAAAAACCUCUUGACUUUUAUGUUUUAUUUCCUUACUGGCGACAUUACCAGAAGCUGUCACACACUCUGAGCUUAAUUUAAAGGAAUCAUUCCAAACUCGUAAAAGAUACAUUUAGGAUGUCAUCUGUAUCUGCUUUUUAGGCUCCUGAUGCCAAAUUGUCCCUUUCCAAACAUCUCUGUGUUCCAAACCAUUGCCAUAAUGCUGGGGGGAGAAAAAUUGCAGUUCACAGUUGGGAAGGUUAUGAGCAGGAAGCCAAUGCUGUAAAUAAAGUGCUAACAUGAGGCUGGGGGCUGCUGCUGCAGCCCCUCCAGGGAAUCUUUUGCCCGAGGGGGUGGAAGGCUCUGCUCAGGUUUCUCCUCCAGCUGAUGCAGUUACUCCUUCCCCACCUGUGGGAGGUCAGCUCCCCUCCGAUCCAGCUGCUCGAUUGCUGGCAGGGCCGUUCCUCACUGCCUCUGCUGCAGCUGUAGAGCUUUGCUGGCUGGACCCAUUGAUCUGAAACACACCAGCAGUUUGGAGGGAUUUUCCCUGGGCGUGCCAGCAAGGACCAGGCUGGGGGCUGUAAGGAAGAGCUGCCCCUGUGUUAACAGUGGAAGGUUGCAAAAUGGCACGUUCAGCAUAGCAUUUCUAUCUUAGAUCCAUCCUAGGAGCCCUUUCAUCACCUUCAAAUGGACUCAGGGCAGCAUCGAAGAUUUUGGGCCUGAUUCUGUGAGAUAUUGAGGCCUCUGGGUUUUUCUGAUAUGCAGAGAGCCCAGACACAGGGCCACGCUUGGUUUUUAACGCCCAGUUUUAGAAAAUUAUUACUUCUACUGAUACUUAGAAUUUGGAUCAGAGGGGGAAGCCCAAACUGUGAUUGUGUAUGUAAAGCUGGGUGAAACCCUGAGGGCAAAUAGCAGCCUGCUGGCUGGCCAGCCCUGCCUGCCACCAAAGGGACUCCCAGCUGCUGGGGGAGUUUGCCCUGCAGCUGAUCAGGGGAAGCUCACGCCAGCUGUUUCGGAGGCUGACCUGCAGAAAUGAUCAUCUCCAGCUAAGGGACGGUAAUGAGCUGAUGAGGACCUCUAGGCACAGAGCUACACAAGCCUGUGUGCAGAUUGCAGGGGUUUGCUCCGCUGUGGAGGUGUGUACAUGUGUGUUUGUUUCUCUGAAGGACACGCUCUGAUCAAGUUUUCUUUUAGUGCAGCAAACUUCCCUCCAAUUGCACUGGCUGCUGUCCAACAUGUUUUUCCCCUUAGCAGUUUUUAAGUGUGGCCUGCGUUACUUCCUUCCAGUUUUGCAUGAGAUAAGCAUAAAAAUGAGAUCUCAAACUCAGCAAAACAACUUCUUGGCUAUGAGCCCCUUAAAUUUACCUCUUCUUUCUGAGGCACCAGGGCAUCGUUAGGUAGCAAGCUGCUCUGUGCAGCUCAAGGGGCUUGCAGCUCUCUUCUUCCCUUUCCCCAUAGUCCCCUUAUUCCAGAAGUUGUGCUUCAUUUGUGAUUUAUUUUUUUAAGGCAAAAAGAAGCAUCACUUACACCAGGAAGUAACUGUUCUUUCAUUAGUCUGAGUCCACUCACAUUUUCAGGAUCUGGCUCUCUUACCAGGGUGACGCAAAUGCUGGUUCAUUUCUGCCUGGUCUGCCCUAGACGGGGAUGGUAACCAGCAGGUUUAGUUUGGGCCACGCACAGAGGAAUAAUCUGCUCUCCUCUCUGUGCUGAAUUUCUUUUCCUAGCCACAAGAAACAUUUUCUAGCAACAGCAGCUUAAACCUGGGAGUUCAGCUUCGUGGCAAAUAGCACAGCUGCUGACUUUUGGAUGGUACCAGGCUCUGCAUUUUGUUAGCACGUGUUAUUGUGAUACGAUUCAAACAACAGCAUUUAAGAAACGUUUCUGGUUCCAGCUGGCUGUACUCUAGUCCUUCAUGUCAACACGUGUGAUAAACCUGUCACAUAUGAUGAGAUGUUGCGAGGCCCUUGGGUUUCCUGAGCAAUUUAGGAUAAAAAAAAAAAAAAAAAAAGCAAGAUCAGUGAGGCUGCCUAAGUCCGAGCUGUGGCAUUGCUUCCCUGGGGCUUUGUAAGGCAUGCUACCCAUGGGCUUUGUAAGGCUUUUCCAUCUCUUGCAAAGUGCUUCCCAGAAAGACAGAAAUGGGGGAUCGUGAAACUUUUUGCCCUAAGGAGGGAUCAUUCCGUGUUACAGAAAUUGCAUGAACAAAAAUAAUUGUUUCACUUAAAGCUUCUCCUUCCCUGUCAUCCCAGGUGGUCAAUAAGGAAGCAAACAGGCUGUCUCUUAAUGUGCUUUGGAUCAAGCAGCUGCUGCAUCUCCUCAAGCUCUUUCCAUGCUGUGUUUCACUAGAUCAACAUUAGCCUGCCUUGAGUAUCUGUAGACCAGAAGAUUGCCAGGACGCGGAGCAGCCACGCCACAGGUUCCCACUGCCAGUUGAUCAACUCUGAUCUCUGGGUUUUUAAUGAGUAGUUUUAGCAGCUAUCCUGCAGGGCUCAGCCAGAACUGACCUAAAUUUAGGGUAGAACUUAGGACCCCAGAGACUCUUAAUCAACAAGGUAAACAACAAAACUCUCAAAAACAUCGGUUUAAUGUUUAAUUCAAAUUGCAAUAUGCUUGCAGAAAGUCAAAACCCAAAGCAGAAGGUAGCAAUUCAGUCUGAGCAAUGACGAGCUGCAGCUGGAAUCCAGCAGGGUGGCAACUGGCAGCCCAGCUGAAGGCACAAAAAUUGAGCUAACAUCACUUUUUAGAUACAUUUUCUUUCUUGUUGCAUAUGCAGCUCAGUCUGUUCGAGCUGUCCUGUUUGAUGUACCCAUGUGUGUAAGGAAAAGGAGCCAACGUGACCUGCAGAAAAGGGUUGUCCUGUGUCAUGCUGCCCACGUGGCUGAGGCCAGAAAAGCUUCUCACCCAUGGCACCACUGUGUCUGGGCAGGAACCACGCAGAGCCAAGUAUCUGGGUGCUAACAGGGCAUCUACCCUCAGUUGCUUUUGGCUCUGGCCUCUUGUGAGAACCUUGUGUGGCCCUAUGCAUCUUGUGGGGGCAGAUAAUUCAGAAGCAUACAUUAUUUAUGGUCAGGCUGCUCUUUCCAGCCUCCCACAGUUGCUGGAGGCCCUGGAGCUGCAGAGCAGAGCUGCUCCUCCUGGCACAGGGUCGCAGGCCAGACCUGCCUGCCCAUGGUGGGCACUUUCUGCUCCUUCUUCUUCCAGCUCAUGGGUGACAGUCAUCUCCCAGACCUUGCCACGUCAUGUGCAAUGCUAAAAGCAUGUGUGUACUGUAUGUACGGUGCUGGGCACUUUUCCCUGCCUGCCUGGCUUGCAGGUGCUUUCAGCAGGACCUUUGCAGGCACCAGGCAGCCAGAGCAAUGUUUGCAUUUCACCCUUUGCUGGCUGCUGGCUGUGGCUUUUCUUUUGGAGCUCACGUCUCUGUUUUUCUUCUGUUUUCCCCCCAAAGGUUGUUCUGAGCACCUGCAGUCUCUGAGUGAAAUAAAUAAAUGGCCCUGCCUUUUUGCUGUCAGAUGGCCCAUCCAUCUUUGGUGGAGCCGUGAGGAAUCCCCCUGAGCUAACGGUGCCAGUAGAGUCCUUUGUAUCCCCACCAGGGGGGCUUCCUUGGCCCUUCUUUGCACCACCCGUCUGUACGUGCUGGCUGAAACCCCCGGGUUGUGCUUGCUUCUCUCAGCCCGCAGCGCUCCUCGAGCUGCUGUAAUGCAGGCUCUGAGUUCCCUCUUCUGUCGGAGCUGAAAACUAUUAAACGUUACCGAGUGCCUCACAACCAGCUGGUUUUGUGCAGCAAAGGCUCUGAUGUCAGGCUGCUCUCCCCAGAGCUCCUUCCUUCCCCUGGCUCUGCGUUUCCUUGCUCUCCUUGGACUCAUCCUCUCCUUGCUGAGUCUCACAGUAGCAAUAACUCACUCCACGGGAGCUUCUGCCUCCAAAUUUUUUUGACCAGUCUCAUGAUAUUAUUCAUGGUGACACCCACCACGGGGUUUAUCUUGCCUCUUCAGUCUCCAGAGCUGUUCCAGGUUUCUGCUAUGAUUUCUCUUCCUUUCUCUCUUGCCAAUUUUGUUUCCCUCGCCGUGGCUUCCCAUUAGCAAUGCCGUGCUUGGAGGCCAAGUGCCCUUCAUGCCGCAGAUCUGCAGGCAAAGUAAACUCAGCAAAUCAUUAGGGCAGGCUUUGACGGCUGCUAUCUUCAUCAAAGACUGAGAUUAAAUGAGGCCCCUUUGAUAAACUGAUCUGAUGGGCCAAUUUGGCUUGCACACGUGGUACACCGGGCCUCAUGGGGCUUGUGAUUAAAAGACAUAAGAGAAUGCAAUUAUUUAGAGAGCUACGGGGAGAAGUCUGCAACUCACUGGUCUCUUCUUUGUCAGAACAAAAGAGGAGCCUAAUUCUGCAGGGUGGCAGGCAGCCCCAGGAGGUGUCGGAGAGCCCCUAAUUGUGGGGGGAGGCGAGGGCACGUUGGUCUCCCGCAGGUUUCGAUGCAUGUGGUGACACUGCGGGUGAGAUGCCGCUCCGACCAUUUCAGUCCCCAAGGCACUUGUCCCAGGAAUGAAACCUUGUCCCCUUUCACCCAGGUGGCUGCUUUUUCUCCUUCUACAGUCUCUCUCUCUCUCUCUUUUUUUUUUUUUUUUUCCCUCCCUGUCUAAACUGUGGCUGUCUUUGAUUGCAGCAAGAUAGAUUUUGUCUGGGUUUCUUUGCCGGACUCUAAUCAAAUCCUGACCUGCACCAGGAGCUCAGCGCAAUCUGGCUGACUUCCUGCAUCAAGCCCUAAAGCCCGGGGCUGGAUCCUGACCCACUAGGAAAAGCUCUGUUAGCUUAGGCUCUGAAUCAAACCCUGAAGAUGAGAAAUGUCUGGCUGGACACAAAUACAAUUUCCUUUUAUUUUUUUUUUUCUUUUUUUCUUUCAGGUUACUGAGUCAGAGCUAGAUGGCAUAUGCACUUGCAGUAGGGCUAUUCUUUUGUCUUCCUUUUCCUUUUCUUUUUUCUUUUUCCUUUUCCUCUUUUCCUUUUCCUUUUCAUUUUCCCUUUCCUCUUUUCUCUUUUCCUUUUCCUAUUUGUUCUUUCUCUCUCUCUCUCUCUCUCUUUCUUUCUUUCCUUCUUUCUUUCUUUCUUUCUUUCUUAGGAGCAUUCACGCUGCAUUUUAAUUUAGAAUACAUCCAAAUAGCUUGAGCUCAAAUUGAUCUUGUUUUUCAGCCAGAAAGCUUGUUUUUCGUCUAUUAUAAUAAUAAAUAUGCUAUUGAUAACAGUUUAGGUGCAAUUCAGCAAAGCUUUGCAGUGUGCACCAGCUCUGGAGGGCCAACAUUUUCUUAUUAUCCGUUAUUGAUAUGACACUUUGCAAAUAUUUUACAAACAAAUUAAGAGGUUUUCCUUGUGCCCCUCUUAGUUUGCAAUCUCAGUCUUUUUGACAGCUAAAGUCAGUAUUAAUGGUGACCUUGUUUAAAGCAGUUGUUCAUUAGCAAGUUUCUUCUCUGAACCUACAAACGCAGUAAGGGAACUAACUUGUGCUGGCACUUUCAAUUAAAUCCCAUCCUCGAAGCAAUUUUUUUUAGCUUUAUUCUAUCCAAUUCUCCUAAGCAGAAAUCGGAUUUGCUUGGUAAAGUGCUUAGACCUGUUAUUCAUUUAUUCAUUUAAGUAGUCAUUUUAAAUAUAGAAGCUUAACAUGAAGUGCUGGCAAAAGGAGCUCUUUUUCUCUCCUAGUCCUGGGCUUGCUGGGCCUGCUCAGUCUUCGAGUGCUUUACAAGGCUGGUCCUGUCUGAGCACAAGCACAGGAGUGAGGAGACCACCCUGAGCCUCUCUAGAAAGGAGAGACCCAGAAGGAGGUGCUUGGGCCUGGUCCUCACUGCGCGUCCUCACAUCUGCCUGGGGAAGGCUGCUGUGCAGUAGUUGUCUGCAGGGGAUGCAAGUAGGGUGCUGCACCGUGUGGGAAAGCCCCGUGCUUCCCCCUGGGUUUGUUUAACCAGCGGGGAAGCUGUCACAGAGGCAGGGGCAUCUUCCCGGGGAAGGGAGCAGCAGAAUAGAGGCUCAGAGAAAGCAGGAAACAGCCCCUUCGGGGCACGUGCUGGGCGCUGGGCCAGGCGCUGGGCACCAUGCCAUUGCUGCCCUGCGGCUCCUGGCCGUGGGCUUCGCGUGCACAAUGCAGGAGCUCAGUGGUGUGCGAGCCAGGCGCUGGAGAUGAGGAGCGAGUUUGUUCUCCAGAAGAAUCACCUUUUGUUAGCGGAAAAUCUGUGAAUUGGGUUCCCCAAGGGAAUAGUGUUUGAAAAGAUGAUUAAAAGAUAACACUUUUGAGGGUU